AUGAAGAGAUUCAAGAAAUGGAAGGAUUCCGAUUACAACACUUACAAUCUCCCCAAGCACGUGCAGGCCAGCAAGUACGACAUUCUUCGCAAACUGUUUUGA